AUGGAUUCGUUGGCUAAUCACGGGAGAGACCUUAAUUGAAGGGGGAAGGAGAGAGUGGUGACCAGGUCUCAGAGUUGUGGUUUCGUUUUGCAUUGCACGUUUCUUCCUUCGCUCCUCACUUUCUUCUUCUUCCUCCGCUUCUCUCUCUUUCUCUCCCUCUCAAGUCUCUCUUACGUUCUUCUCUCUCUCUCUCUCUCCCUUCAUAACGUCGCGCCUUUCGCCAUUUCAACCAUUACACAACUCUUCUUCUUCCUCCCUUUCUCUCUCUCUCAAUCCGUUUUCUCUGCAUAA